AUGGCACCUAGCAAACGAAAAGUAUCCAAACACGAUAGCUCCGGGUCGGACGCCGAACACGAUGCCGGAGCCCCUGAACCACCUCGCAAAAAAGAGCGAAAGGCCGACCUGAAGAUGCCGCAUCCAAAAGCUCAAGAGACCGAGGAUUUUGGCAUUGUCUUACGCGACUUCUAUCCUCCUGAAAUGGGAAAUGAGCGCUGUCAGGCCUACAAUGAUGGAACCCUCGAACGCCCUAUUACGACUUUGGAGAAUGCGUGUAGCGAAACUGCAGAGAGUCGCAACUCCACACAAAUAGGCAAAGCAGUGGUUCAUUGGUUUAGGAGUGACCUGCGUCUACACGAUAAUCGGGCCUUACGCAAGGCUUUUGAGAUUGCGCAAGACAACCAGGUGCCCUUGAUUUGCCUCUAUAUUUUGUCGUCGGAAGAUCUGACGGCUCAUCUUAUCAGCCCGGCGCGGGUGGAUUUCACUUUGCGCACCCUGGAACGGCUUCAGCGAGACCUUGCCGAACUUGAUAUCCCGCUCCAUAUGGAAACACAGGCGCACAGGAAGCACAUCCCAGGUCGUGUUGUGGAAUUGCUACAAAAGUGGGAGGCCAAUCAUCUUUGUGCGAAUAUGGAAUAUGAAGUAGAUGAGCUACGUCGUGAUGCCAAACUUGUGCAUUUGUGUGCUAAGAACAACAUUGAUUUUACUCCUUCACAUGACACAUGUGUUGUCCCGCCCGGAGCCUUGAGCACCCAGCAAGGCAAACAAUAUGCCGUAUACACACCCUGGUAUCGGUCAUGGCUGGCUUUCUUGAAAGAAAACCCCGACUACUUGGAACUAUCAGAUGAGCCUGGUUCCAAUCCUGGCAAUGCGCGACAAAACUUCACAAGCCUGUUUGAUUGCGAACUUCCUGCUGUGCCAGAGAGCAAGAAGCUUGCUAAAGAGGAAGAAAAGCGACUGCAGAAGCUAUAUCCAGCUGGUGAACACGAGGCUUUCCAGAGGCUAGAGAAGUUUUUGGAAGAGAAGGGCCGCCAAUAUGAGGAAAAACGCAACAUCAUGGCUAGCCAACAUACAUCUAUCCUCAGCCCUUACUUUGCAUCGGGAGCUCUCAGCACGCGAACCGCGGUUGUAGCUGCGAAGGCAGUAAACAAUAAUCAAUUAGACCGAUAUGACCAGGGUUACAUUACUUGGAUCAGUGAGGUUGCCUGGCGUGAUUUCUAUAAGCACGUCCUUGCGCAUUGGCCUUUUAUUUGUAUGAACAAGUGUUUCAAGCCAGAACACACCAAUAUUGAGUGGGAAUACGAUUCAGACCAAUUUCAAGCGUGGUGCGAUGGAAAAACUGGAUUUCCUAUUGUGGACGCUGCGAUGCGUCAACUCAGCCAUUCAAAAUGGAUGCACAACCGAACCCGAAUGGUGGUCUCAUCCUUCUUGUCCAAGGACCUCUUGAUUGACUGGCGUCGCGGAGAGCGCCAUUUCAUGGAAAACCUGGUUGACGGAGAUUUUGCGUCGAACCAUGGAGGGUGGGGAUUUGGUUCUAGUACAGGCGUUGAUCCGCAGCCCUACUUUCGAAUCUUUAAUCCCCUCCGACAAAGCGAGCGUUUCGAUCCAGACGGAGAAUACAUUCGGCAAUGGGUGCCGGAACUACGAGAUGUAACCGGCAAAGCUAUCCACGACCCCUAUGAACGAGGAUCUGGGUCAAUCGCUGAGAAAAACGGCUACCCCCGACCCAUCGUGGACCAUGCCGCCAGCCGUGAGCGCGCAUUAGAGCGGUACAAGAAGGCUUUGCAAAAAUAA